ACACUGAUAAACUUUCAUUAAAGGCGGACUCUCUCAGGGGGACAAGAGAUACUUUUUUUAACAUCUGGAAGUUCGGAAACAAAGACGUGUCCUAUCCCUGGUUUGUGUGUGAGGAAGAAAAGACAGCGGUGUGGAACUUGAGCCAGUGUGAAAGACAGAGAUGGAGUAAGAGACUAAACAUCUGCACUUACCGCAACGCUCACUGCUACUAUUUGGCCGCGCGACUUUUCCAAGGUCCGCUGUUAAGGACCAUGGAUAAUUUUUUUACAGAGGGCUCUCGUGUGUGGCUUUGGGAGGAGGAUCAGUACUGGCCCAGCACUGUCGACUCCUGCUCAGGUGGAGUUGUGGUUUUUCGCACAGACUUUGGAAAGGUGUACACAUACAAACAGAAUGCUUUGAGCAGGCAGAGGGUGUAUGAGAUGCACAGUAGCAGUGUGUGUGGUGUGGAGGACAUGGCCGCCCUACAGGACCUGCAUGAGGGGGCUAUUCUCCACAACCUUCACCUCAGAUACACACAGCACUUCAUAUAUACAUAUAUUGGGUCUAUAUUAGCAGCAGUGAACCCGUACCAGCAGUUGCCAGAACUUUAUGAUGUUUCAGCAGUGGAGCAUUACAGUCAGCAUCACCUGGGGGAAAUACCACCUCACAUUUAUGCCAUCGCCAACGAGUGCUACCGUUCACUGUGGAAACGCAACAACAACCAGUGUGUGCUCAUUAGUGGAGAGAGUGGUGCAGGUAAGACGGAGAGCACAAAGGUGAUUCUGCGCUUUUUGUCUGUGAUGAGCCAGCAGUGUGUUGAACUUGCCGCCAGGGACACAUCAUCUCACGUAGAGGAGGCUCUCCUGGAGAGCAGUCCUAUAAUGGAGGCAUUUGGAAAUGCUAGGACGGUGUAUAAUAAUAACUCCAGCCGGUUUGGGAAGUUCAUCCAGCUUCACUUCAGCCAACGAGGGAACAUACAGGGAGGAAAGAUCGUUGACUACUUACUAGAAAAGAAUCGUGUUGUGCGUCAGAAUCCCGGUGAGAGGAAUUACCACAUAUUCUAUGCUUUACUGGCUGGAACCAGUUCUGAACAGAGGGAAGCCUUCUCUCUCCUGCCUGCUGAGAAUUUUCAUUACCUGAACCAGUCUGGCUGUGUAAAGGAUCCAACCAUCAAUGACUCACACACCUUUCAGGAAGUGCUAAAUGCAUUAAGAACAAUGCAGUUUGCGGAGGAGAGCAUUCAUGAGGUUUUAAGGCUUUUGGCUGGAAUUCUGCACCUCGGUAACAUUGAAUUUGCCACAGCGGGUGGAGCUCAGGUUUCCUCGAAAACAGCUCUAAGCAGUGCAGCAGAACUAUUGGGCUUGGACUGCACACAGCUGGCUGAAGUUCUGACACACAGAUCCAUGAUCCUCAGAGGAGAAGAAAUCAGCACUCCACUAACUAUAGAACAGGCAGUAGAUUCUCGUGACUCCAUGGCUAUGGCUCUCUACUCUCAGUGUUUCACCUGGAUCAUCCACAAACUCAACAAGCGCAUCCAUGGCAGUGACAACUUUAAGUCCAUUGGCAUUCUGGACAUUUUUGGCUUUGAAAACUUUGAGGUAAAUCGGUUUGAACAGUUCAACAUCAACUAUGCCAAUGAGAAGCUUCAGGAAUAUUUCAAUAAGCACAUCUUCUCUCUGGAACAGCUGGAGUACAACAGGGAAGGUCUGAUCUGGGAGGAUGUAAACUGGAUGGACAAUGGAGAAUGUCUAGAUUUAAUAGAAAAGAAGCUUGGUCUAUUGGCUCUUGUAAAUGAGGAGAGUCAUUUUCCUCAAGCCACUGAUGCGACUUUGCUGGAGAAACUUCACAGUCAACACUCUAAAAACCCUUUCUACAUAAAGCCUCGAGUAGCUGUUCACUACUUUGGAGUGAAACAUUAUGCAGGAGAGGUGGUUUAUGACGUAAGAGGGAUCCUGGAGAGAAACAGAGACACUUUUAGAGAUGAUAUUCUCAAUUUACUCAGGGAAAGCAGGUUAGAUUUUGUGUAUGACCUGUUUGAGAGAAUAAGUAAUAGAUGUGGGCAGGACAUGAUGAAGAGCAGUUCACAGCACCGCAGGCCAACAGUCAGCUCUCAGUUUAAGAAUUCCUUGCACUCCCUGAUGUCCACUCUUUGCACAUCUAAUCCUUUCUUUGUGCGCUGCAUCAAACCCAAUAAUGACAAGAUGCCAGAUCACUUUGAUCAUAGCCUGGUGCUGAACCAGUUGCGUUACUCUGGCAUGCUGGAGACAGUGAGGAUCCGACGUGCUGGCUUUCCUGUUCGAAGAACCUUCCAGGAUUUCUGUUCCAGGUAUUUUGUGCUAAUGAGAGGUGUGGCAAUGUGUGAUGACCCCAAAGACGCAUGUCACCAGUUGCUCUGCCUCUAUGACAGCAGUAGUGAAGAAUGGCAGCUGGGAAAGACCAGGGUGUUUUUAAGGGAGAGUCUAGAGCUGCGAUUGGAAAAGAAGCGAGAGGAGGAGGUGCUUAGGGCUGCAGCCAUCAUACAGGCUUAUGUACUCGGCUACAGGGCAAGAAGGCAGUACAAGAGACUGUUGCAGUGUGUGGUGGUGAUCCAAAAGAACUGGAGGGCACUUUUUUGGCGCAGACGCUUUCUGAUGCUUCGCUGGGCAUCCAUCACACUACAGAAAAGGGUCAGAGGUCAGAGGGCUCGACAGCUCUACAUACAGCUACUGCAGGAAAAGAGAAGGAGGUUGGAGGAAGAGCAGAGACAGAGAGAGGAAGAGGAGAAGCAAGAAAGAGAAAGACAAAGGUUGGAGCUUGAGCUACAGACUCGAAAGGCGGAAAAGGCACUUCGAGUAGAGGAGGCUCAGCGAAAAGAAGAAGCUUUGAGGUUAAGAAAGGAGGAGAUUCUCAGUCAACAGAUACUUUCCACUGAUGUGGUACCUCAGCUUCCGGAGAAGUCGUUUGAGCAAAAGGUGUUUUUGGAAGAAGUUCGUCCCCAUGAGGCAUCACAGGUGGAAGAGAUCCUGCGUCUAGAGCGUGAGAUAGAGGGUCUGCGCAGACAGAAGGAGACACGGGAGCAGAGUUUGACGGCACAUUCGCUGGCACGUCUGCAACGCCUGCGUGAUCAGGAGUUGCUCAGGCUGGAAGAGGAGGCCUGCAUUGCAGCUCAACAGUUUCUCUCAUCACUCAACUUUCAUGAGAUUGAUGAGUGUGUGCGUAAUAUCGAGAAUGCACUGGAAUGCUCAGAGGGAACAGAACAGGAAAGGAGGAGAGAUGGGGAUGAGGAGGAGGUUGAUGAGGGAUUGGGAGUGGAUGAGGGAGGCUAUAAAGAUUCACCAAACCCUAGCGAGCAUGGCCACUCAGACGGCCAACGCACCAGCGGAAUUCGAACCAGUGACGACUCAUCUGAAGAGGAUCCCUAUGCCAAUGACCGCGUGGCCCCACCCUCAGCUCCAAUUGCAAAUAUGCCUUCAGCCUAUCACAGCCUGCCAUGUAACACUGACACAGCUUCUCUUGAGACCCAGAGGGAAGAAGAACUGAUUCCGCCAGACGAGGACUCAGAUUAUGAUGCUGAUGAAUAUGAUGAUGGUGGCAUUGCCCUUCCCCCCAGCAUGCCCCUGUCUAUGCUCCAGAGUGGCCGCUGGUCACGUGACCAGCGCAGCUCAUUGGCGACAAGCACCAGUGCCAGUUCCGGAGCAUACAGGUUCAGCUCGGAGGGAGCCCAGUCAUCAUUUGAUGACAGUGAGGAUGACUUUGAGAGAUUUGAUACGGAUGAUGAGUCAUCAUAUCGCAGAGAUUCUGUGUACAGCUGCGUUACUCUGCCCUACUUUCACAGUUUUCUUUACAUCAAAGGUGGGCUGCUAAAUUCCUGGAAGCGGCACUGGUGUGUGUUAAAGGAUGAAACAUUUUUGUGGUUUCGGAGUAGGCAGGAGGCUCUAAAGCAAGGCUGGUUGCUUAAGAAAGGUGGGGGGUUGUCCACACUCUCCCGCCGCAACUGGAAACGUCGCUGGUUUGUCCUUCGCCAGAGCAAACUCAUCUAUUACGACAACGAUGCCGAAGAAAAGAUGAAGGGCAUGCUGGACAUACAUGAAGCCAAAGAAGUCAUCGAUAAUACAGGGAAAGAAAACGGAAUUGAUAUUGUGAUGCCUGAGAGAACAUACCACCUUAUAGCGGACACUGCAGAGGAUGCCAGCCACUGGUUUAGCGUGUUGAGUCAGGUACACACCUCCACCGAACAGGAAAUCCGAGAGAUGCAUGAUGAGCAGGCCAACCCACAGAAUGCCGUGGGCACGUUGGAUGUAGGCAUGAUUGACUCUGUGUGUGCAUCAGAUAACCCAGAGAGGCCAAACUCCUUUGUCAUCAUCACAGCUCAUCGUGUCUUGCACUGUAAUGCUGAAAGCCCAGAGGAGAUGCACCACUGGAUCGCCCUACUGCAGCGCUCUAAAGGAGACACCCGCGUCCAGGGCCAAGAGUUUAUCAUCAGGGGCUGGUUGCAUAAAGAAAUUAAUGGUAGUAGCCGUGGCAACUUAAGAUUGAAGAAACGUUGGUUUCUGCUUACUCAUAAUUCCCUGGACUACUAUAAAAGUUCAGAGCGGAAUUCUCUUAAACUCGGCUCUCUUCUGCUAAAUAGCCUCUGUUCUGUGCUGCCCCCUGACGAGAGAGUGAAUAAAGAGACUGGUUACUGGAGUAUAACAGUCUUCGGGCGUAAGCAUUCCUACAGACUGUACAGUAAGCUGCAGAGUGAAGUGUGUCGCUGGGCCAGUGCUGUGCAAAAUGUUAUUGAUAGCAAACCACCCAUAGACACACACACUCAGCAACUCAUCCAGGACAUUAAGGAGAACUGUCUAAACUCCGAGGUGGUGGAUCAGAUUUACAAGAGGAACCCAAUACUGCGCUACACACACCAUUCCCUACAUACACCACUACUGCCUCUGCCCUAUGGGGAUGUCCAUCACAGUUAUGAAAAUGGAAGUAGCUACAGCACCUUGCAGGGCAAGGCUCUGAAACUCUUUAGCACUAUUCAGCAGCUUGAGGGUGCGUCCGACCCUAUAUUGAUCAUCCAGGGUCUUCUUCAGACAGCACAUGACUUGCGACCCCUGAGAGAUGAACUCUACUGCCAACUCAUCAAACAAACAACCCGGCCAACAGAGCCAAGUGGCCCCGCCCACAUCAGUGGCUGGCAGCUUAUAUCCUGCUUGUGCUGUACAUUUAGUCCCACCUCUAGGAGCAUCCUGAAAUACCUCAAAUUUCACCUCAAAAGGACACGCGAGUUAUACCCAGGUACAGAGAUGGAUCGAUAUGCUGUUUUUUCCCAAGAGUCAUUGCGACAUGUGCGUGCCCGAGAGUGUGUACCUUCACGCGAAGAGCUCAAAGCUAUUCUCAACAGACAAGAAAUGACCUCAACUGUAUAUUGCCAUGGUGGAGGAUCCUGCAAAAUAGUCAUUAACUCACACACUACAGCAGGAGAGGUGGUGGAUAAGUUGUUGAAGGGUCUUGCUAUGGAGGACAGCAGGAACAUGUUUGCUCUGUUUGAACACGAUGGCAGCACAGACAAGGCCAUUGAGGGCCGCACCAUAGUGGCAGAUGUCCUUGCCAAGUUUGAAAGAUUGGCAAAUGGAAAAGAUGAUCAAGCUGAGGAAUGGAGGUUAUAUUUUAAGCUAUACUGUUUCACAGACACUGAAAACAUUCCUGUGGACAGUGUGGAGUUUGCCUUCAUGUUUGAACAGGCCCAUGAGGCUGUGAUCACUGGGCAGUAUCCCGCUCCUGAGGAAACUUUGCAGUUCCUGGCAGCUCUUCGACUUCAGUAUCUUUUUGGGGACUAUUCUACCCAGACAGCUUUGCCAGAUCUGGAGCAGAUGUUCCCUGUGGCACGUCUCCGUGCUCGUAUUCAGCGCUUCUCUAGCAGCACUGCCUCGGCAGGCCCUGAAAAAAAGCGGGGCAGUUUCUUAGAAGGCACUCUAAGACGGAGCUUCCGGGGGUCGCUGGGGCGGCAAAGACAAGUGGACGGAACUGCUGCAAUUGAGGCCUGGUUUCAGGAUGAGAAGGCAGAGCUUAGAAGCUGUUUGGUUGAGAAAUGGAAGAAGCUACAGGGAAUGAGUCAGAAUUAUGCCAUAAUCAAAUACAUGGACUUGGUCAGAGAGUGGCAGGGUUAUGGGUCCACACUGUUCAACAUGGAGUGCAUGGAUGGUGUUUACCCUGCAGACCUCUGGCUAGGAGUGAGUCGUACGGGGGUGUGUGUGUAUAAGCAGGGAGAAGCAUGGCCGUUGGAGGUGUUUUCCUAUGAGGCAAUUUUGUCUUUUGGAGCUCCACAGCCCAACAUUUACAAGAUCAGUGUGGAGGGAAGAGACCUCCUUUUCCAAACCAGUCAGGUAAUGGACAUCGCCAAGCUGAUGAAAGCGUACAUCAGCAUGAUUGUACAGAAACGCUUCAGCACUUGCCAAUCAUUCAGCAGCCAGUGCAGCAACUGGUGAACGCUCUGAACUUUAAACACACCCCUACACUACCCUCAGAUAGACAAAUUGUGAGUUCAGGCUGGGUUUUUAGACAUUUUCAUAUGAAGUGAGACUAGUAAAGCCUCAUAAAAACAAACAGUAAUUAUGUGGGGUUGAGUAUUGUGUACAUAAUCACACUUUAUUUACAAUUUACCUGAAAGUGCCUGAAACCACAGAAGAUGCAGUGCAGCAAUACCAAGUGUCUUUAAAAACUCGAAUUUUUACCAGCAUGAAUUUUCACCAGGUUUUUUUUUUUUUUUUUUUUUUUUUACCAGUGCCAUUUACAUUUCUGAUGCAGUUCUGUGUAUGUAGCAAAUGUUACCUGAAGUGUUCCAGAGGUGCUAAGUAAGCAUUUACAGAUUUAUUUAGUAGCAUUUCACUGGAGUUCUGCAGGCAGAAUCUCCAGCCAGACACACACACACACAUACACACACACACACUCCUCAGUGCCUCUUUAUAAUGUAUGUGAUUAUAAUGUGCAAUGACGUAUAAAAAGCUGUAUAUUUUUAAAGAAUCAUGUUUUCUGUUAAAUGGUGAAAUGUGUUUUAUCUUUAUCCCAAAGUACUUCUGCAAUCUUGUAAUAUUUUGAUGAAAAAAACUACUUUUUAAAUGCAGUAAAACACCAGCAAUCUGAACCUUUCUGUGUAUAAGCUGUAGGUAAUAAAAAAAUCAACUUCA